AUAAAUUAAAGCCGAAGGAUUCACAUUUCACAGUAGUUUGGAUACAUUUCCAAGUUUAAAAUGAAGUUCCUCGUUGUCCUUUUUGGCCUUGUAUGUGCCUUAGCCCAUGGAUUACCGAACGUAGUAAAGGUAGACUCACUCCAUCCGGCUUAUGCAAAUGAUUUAGAAACCCUGCCAUCCGACAGUGAUGACACCCGGAUAACAAACAGUGAGGACGCUUUCGAAAACCAAUUCCCUUACCAGGUUUCCAUUGAGUGGGGUGACAAUGAACCGCCCGAACACUUCUGCGGUGGUAGCAUCAUUUCAGAAUCGGUGGUACUCACGGCUGCCCAAUGUCGUUAUAACUAUGGUACCUAUUCCAUCGUUGCAGGAAUUUUCAAUCGAGCCAAAAAAAACGAAACUGCUCAAAGGCGACGUGUUGACAGAUUUUACGUUCACUCAAGCUAUUCUAAUAGAGUAGGCCUGUAUGACAUUGCCCUAAUAAAGGUGAACUCACCCUUCGUGUUUAACUCUUACGUUCAACCUGUUCAACUUCCUAAACGAAAAACAAUUCCUUCUGGAGUUGGCGUCAUUAGUGGAUGGGGAAGGACGUUUUAUAAUUCUGUUCUCUCAGACGUUCUGACAUACGCCAGCGUACGAAUUAUACCUAACAGGGAUUGCGCUCAAACGUUGAUCAGUGUUGUUGGAUCUUCCAGACCUUUAGACGAUACCCAAUUUUGUUCCAGUCCUACUGUGACUGGUAGAACAGGAAAGACGUCAGUUUGCGAUGGUGACAUCGGUGGCCCAUUUGUCCAAGGCUUUGUCCAAGUGGGUAUUAUCUCUUGGGGUAUUACACCAUGUGGCACUACUAGUUCGCCAUCCGUUUACGUAAGAGUUUCUAACUAUUUGGAUUGGAUUAACUCUCUACUUAUACAGUUGUGAGAUGUGCUGCUCCUUUGACUGUUUAAAUAAAUCUGUACCCAAGCGGAUGUAUUGAAUAAAAUUGCUCAGAAUUAAA